AUGGUACAGUCAGGAAAGCCAUCAAAGUAUCGUCUAGCAGUGACUGCGGGGCUGGAUUAUGACCCCGCGACACAUAAACCAGUUGAAGUCAAUGGCAAAACGCUGCGACUCGAUGACGAUCGUGCGACAUUCGACUUGAACGUUCGCAUCCAAGACUACACCGGCUUCCCCGAUUCUUCCCCCAAAACAAGUCCCUACUUCCAGCAUCCCCUACACACAAACGACCAAUACUCGAUCUGUUUCUCCUUCACGCCAAAACAAAACAUCAACGGAAACGACCUCCUCUUCGGCAACGAUUUCGACAAACCCCUUCGCAACCGUCUACCCCCGGGCUUCAACGCAGCCCUGCGCGUCGUGAAAUGGACCAUUGAUCCGUCUCUCGAAGGCGAUGCAUACGCCGAUAAACCCUAUCUUUACAGUCCGGCGCUGGCAACGUGGAAUUAUUUCCGAAUUGGCGACAAGGAUAAGAAGUCAGAUGCGCUGAUGGAGAAGGAUCAAGUGGUUGAAGAGGGUGCUGAGGGGCAAGGUGUGGAGAAACGCGGUCAGCAUAAGAUUCCGGAUGCUGCGAAUGAGCGGCGGAAGUAUUUCCAGAAGGAGGAUCAUCGGCUUGGGUUUGAGUUUGAGAGUGGGAGGACUUACUUGGCGGAUUUUGGUAAUCAGUACUUAUCGUUCAGUGAAACUGCGAUUCGCCUGCCAGGAAUCCAUAUUCCCGUUGUGGGUAUGGUCGAUGAGGAUAACCAUGAACUGCGAUACGUCCUAAAGGAUUCUAAUACAGGUCGCGCGUACCUGGUCGUCUGCUUCAUACUCGUGAAGCAGGAUCAGGAGUCAGAGGACAGCGAACAGGGACAGCAACGUGGGGACUGA